UUGUGUUCACCUGUAAAGUGAAUUGUGAACAAUUGUGAACGUGUAGCAUAAAAGUUAGAUGACUUUUAAAGACUCGUUUGCAAAGUAGUUGAAGCGUUAUUAUUGUACAAUAUGGUGCAUAAUUAUUAAAUUUUCCCGAACGUAGGGAUAAGUGAUUUUUCCUGAAACAAGAUAAAAUGGUGGCGGGACCGACAGAGCAUGGAAUGGAAGCCGAUGUAAUUUUUGUUAUCGAAGGCACAGCCGUUAACGGUGCCUACUUAAACGACCUUAAAACGAAUUAUCUUAUACCGACUUUGGAAUACUUCAGUCAAGGUGGAAUUGAAGAUCGAGAAUAUGUGUCAGAGCAAAAUAGCACCACUCUCUAUGGCGUGGUGGUUUAUCACGCAGCCGAUUGCUUACCAGCACCAUGCACGGGCACUCUUGGACCCUAUUCAAAUCCACACAAGUUAUUGCUCACCUUAGAGAAAUUGGAGAUGGUGGGUGGAAAGGGAGAAUCUCACGCUAACAUUGCCGAAGGACUCGCAACUGGAUUGCAGUGUUUUGAAGAUUUACAACUACGUAGAGAUCCUAAUGCUGCUCCACAAAAACAUUGUAUAUUGCUUUGCAACUCGCCUCCCUACCAAACCGUUGUACAGGAGUCGUACAAGUUUGCCGGUCACACGGUCGAGCAAUUGGCCGCUCUGUUCCAAGAAAGGAACAUCAAUCUCUCAAUAUUAUCGCCAAGGAAAAUCCCAGCACUGUUUAAACUGUUCGAGAAAGCAGGUGGUGAUCUUCAAUCGUCUCAGACAAAGAAUUACGCCAAGGAUCCGCGUCAUUUAGUGCUGCUGCGAAACUACAAUUUGAAGGAACGACCAGUCAGUCCAACGAUUGGCAGCACGGGUCAUGUAGCUGCUGCGAGUGCAGCGCAAAUUCCUUUGAGUCCAUUGCAGAGCAACGAUAGUCCAAACACGAAUCAAGCAACGCAGAACAUAACUCAGCCACAGCAAACUCAAGGCUCUGCCUUUAGAAGUCAAACGCCACAAAAUAUUACAUCCGUUCAUCAGCCAGUGACCCCGUCAAUGGCUGCUCCGAUGAGUGCAGGGCGUCCUGCAUUCGGUCAACAAAUUUCUGCUCCACCGAAUUACCAUGCAGCAGGAUUGGGUGCAAGAACUACUCAUCAAAGAUGGAUGCGGCCACCAUUCAUGCCUCCUAGUUCCACGGCUACGGCGAAUACGCAAGGAAGUGCAUUGAUAGCACAAUUGACUCAGCCACCGUCUUCGUUAGGAGGAUUGAACGUUCCGUCAUUUAACCAGAGAAUGGAUGCUGGUGCACAGCAGCAGCAGCAGCAGUUAACUCAACAACAGAUACGACUAACGAUGCAACUGCAUCAGCAACAAAACGCACAACAAGCUUCGAUGGGAUUGCAAAAUCAACCACAGCAAAACCAGACAGGCCCGCAGUUGGCAGUGACUGGAGUUAGUCAAUCGGUGCCGACACAAGUCCAACAAACAGUAACUGCAGCACAAGCUUCUGCAUCUGUGUCGUCAGGAACAUCACAAGUUUCUCAUCCACAGGCUCAGGGUACCGUUGCUGCUGGAAAUGUUCCUGGACAGCAGAUCACUACCAGUCGUCAAACAAUCUGGCAAGGAAUUUUGGAAUGGAUUGAGAAACCCAAGAGUCCAGUCGACGCUUUGAAGCAAACUCGACAAGUUCCCUGCCAAGUCUCGGCCAGCUCGAAGGAUGGCGAACCAGAAUUGAAAGCAGAUAUGUGGCCACAGAAACUUAUCAUGCAAUUGAUGCCGAAACAACUCAUAGGCAAUAUCGGAGGAGCAUAUUUGAAGAACUCGAAGUCUGUCAUUUUUCAUCCUACACCUUCCGAGGGCCUUGACUCUCUCACGAAAGUCAUGAGCUCUGGAUUUGCAGGCUGUGUACACUUUACAUCGAUUCCCUCACCCUGCGAUAUAAAAGUACUCAUUCUUUUAUACACUGCGGAGCGAAGAGCAUAUUUAGGAUUUAUACCGAAUGAUCAGACAGCAUUUGUCGAUCGCCUUCGUAAAGUGAUUCAGCAUCAGAAGUCCACGCAGGCGUUGGUAAAGCAAGGACAACCUGGGUCAGUGUCAGGUAAUGCCAUAUCAGGUUCGAUGCCAACAACAGGAAUUUCUCAAGGAGGUAUUCUUAUGUCUCAAACAAACACAAUGGCAAUGGGUGGCGGUCAAAUAACACAAAAUGUGGUGUCGUCGAAUGGCCCACAGCAGACAUUGAACACGUCAACGGGACCCCAAGGGCAAUUGAAUAUGCAGACUGGCGGAAUGCAAGGACCUCAGCAAGUCGGGGCAGGAUCUGGUAACAUGAUGGGACAACAACGACCACCUUACGAUGACUUAGAAAUGGCUAGACAACAAAAUCUCUUGAAGAUACAACAUUUACGUCAGACUCUUGAGGCAGCACAACAACAGGAGGCGCAGUAUAAGUCACAAUUAGAAGUCAACAUUCAGCAAAAUCUAGAGGUGGCGCAGCAACAGGAAAUGCAGUACAAACAACAGCUUGAGGCACAACAAGCUCAAAGGGGUAUUAAUCCUGGUGCAGCGAUGAGUGGACAGCAACCGAAUGCACAGCGAAUGAUGCGUCCUGUCAUGGCGAACAGUCUUGGCUUAAGACAUCUGUUACAACAGCAACAGCCACAAUACAGGCAGCAAGUCCUAGCUAUGCAGCAGCAAAUGGUUGGACCGAGAGGGCAAAUAUCAUCUAGGCCUAUCGGUCCUGGCAAUCCUCAAAAUCAACAAUUCGAAGACGUUUCAAAUUACGACUUCCUUGGUUGCAAUAACUAAGAGACACGUUUUUCAUAAGAGGGACUGGUAGAAUAAUUUAACACUGUUUUAUCAUUCAGUAUUUAUUAAUGUAAAAGUAAAAAAAUAUAUAUAUAUACAUAA